GGCAGAUGACAGUGGCAUCCCGUCUCACAAGGCAAGAUGAAACGCAAUACGCUGCUCGUAGCCUUUUUCUGCGCCUCGCUCCUGGCAGUCGCUGAGAGCACCUUCCUCGCCGCCGGUGCUUCUGCCGGCGCCGCUGCUGUGGGCGUCGCUGCCGUCAUAGGAGGUCUUGCGGCUCUGAAGGGAGCUGCCAUUUUGGGUUUUGCCAUCGGAAGGAACCUCGGUGGACGUCGCUUCAGGAAAUCCACUGAAACUCGAGCUGACGAAGACGAGAACCUCCUCCUGUCCACCGUGGGGCAGCUCGACCCCAACGGCUGCAUCCUCAAGUUGAUUUGCCUCCUCCAGACGAAGGACCAGUCGACCCUUACUCCCGAGGAGGACUGCUGGGCAUGCCAACAACACCGAAACUCUGUCCUCCUACAACGCCGCCUUCGUCUACGCAAAAGAAAUCGGCACAAAGACCCGCAGUCCGCACGUCUGCAAGAGGUUCUUCCCCAAAUGCCCUCUCAGAGAUGAGCAACUGGCGGGGCUCCUGCACCAGGCCUGGGGCUGCGGGCCUGACCUGCUCUUUGGAGAGGAGCAGUGGUGAUGCCCUCCUUCUCCCCUUCCUUUUCUAUUCAUCUUCCUCUUUCUUUUCUGUUCAUCCUCCUCCUGAGUUGCUCUUUGAAGAAGGGCAAUGGCAAUACCUUCCUCUUCUUCCUUUUCUAUUCAUCUCCCUCUUCCUCCAUUUCCUUUUCUUCCUCUUCUUCAACCAUUCAUCUUCAAUGUCUUAUUCUCAGCUCUGCAACAAACUAACAUUGCAUUUUCCAAAUAUACCCGUAUGUUCUUGCA